AUCAGUUCAAUUUCAUAACUCAAACGAAACACUUCCAAAGUGAGGCUAUUCUAUUAACACUAAAACGAUUUAAAUUGCUAAACAGAUAUAUAUACAUACAUACACACAUACGUACAGCCAAAUACAUUGUCCUAUAGAAUAAUUCUUUGUUCAUAUUUGGAGUAUUUAUGUGAGUGUACUGAAAAUGUCAAUAAUUUGCCGCAAUGCCGGCAUAUCUCUCGCUCGAAUGUGUGUACUCGGUGAAAAGCAACAAAAAUUAAAGCAAUACCAAAUAGUGCUGCAGUCGACAGCCAGCAAUGACAAGAUUGAAAAUGCUGAGAACAAAUCAGCACAAAACCCAUUCGAUUUGGAGUGGCAGCAAGCGCUACCUUACAAAUCCAUGCCCAGACUGACGAGAUACCAAAUGUUUCGGGGCUUUGUGAAAGGAGGGGAAUUCGUUGAUCUCUCCGUAAACGAUUUUCUUCUUAAAUGUCGUGAACGAUUUGGUGAUAUUUAUCGCAUGGCUGGCGUUAUUGGGCAACCAGAUUCGGUAGUGCUCUUUAAUGUAGAUGACUUCGCGAAGGUCUGUCGCACCGAAGGUAUUUGGCCAACUCGGCCAGGCACAGAUGCCGUCAGGUAUUACCGUGAAUCGCGAAAGGAUGGCUUUUUCAAGGAAACCAUGGGUCUGAAUGAGAACGGCGAAAAGUGGGGCACAUUCCGACAUUUGGUAAAUCCUGUUUUGAUGCAACCGAAAAAUGCAAAACUCUAUUUGGAGCCACUACAAAAUGUGAAUUUGGAGUUUAUAGAAAGAAUUCGCGAUAUACGCGACCCACAGACCCUGGAAGUGCCGGAAAACUUUCUGGACGACAUCAAUCAUCUCGCCUUUGAUUCGGUUGCUGUAGUUGCAUUGGAUCAUGAAUUCGGUUUGAUACGCAAGAAUCCCGACUCACAGGAGGCCAAGAUACUUUGCGAAAAUAUGAGCGCAUUUCUAGAGUCCAUUUUUGAUUUGGGAAUCAAACCAUCAUUCUACAAAUACAUAAAAACACCUACAUACAGACGUUUUGAAAAGUCAAUGGAUCUUAUGUUUGAUGUAACAAAUCGUUAUGUUAACGCAGCGUUGGAUCGUUUAGAAAAAAAUCCCGCCAAGGAGGGUGAAGAACGAAGUGUAUUGGAAAAGUUAUUAAAAAUCAAUCGGCAGACUGCUAUCGUAAUGGCUAUGGAUAUGCUAAUGGCAGGUGUUGACGGGCCGUCUAGUGCGUUCGCUACCAUUCUGCUAUGCAUCGCUAAAAAUCCAGAAAAACAGCUCAAACUACGCCAAGAACUCUGUGCUGUGUUACCACACAAAGACGACCAUUUCACUAUUGAGAAUAUGAAACAAUUGCCAUAUCUGCGCGCCUGCAUCAAGGAAGCAUUACGCAUAUAUCCCAUUGGCUUUGGCAGUGCCCGUGAAACUGGUGCUGAUCUAGUAUUGAGUGGCUAUCAGGUGCCCAAAGGGACGCCCGCGUUUAUUAGUUCGAAUAUGCUGCCAAAUGAGGAGCGUUUCUUUCCGCGUGCACGUGAAUUCAUACCGGAACGAUGGUUACGCAAACAGGAUGCAGCGACAAGUGAUGGCAAGCGCCUCAUUGCAGAUAAUUUGAAUAAAUUUAUUAAUCUGCCUUUUGGGUUUGGUCCGCGUAGUUGUGUUGGCAAACGUAUUGUGGAUAUGGAAAUGGAAUUGACGUUGGGCAAUUUGGUCCGCCAAUUUCAUAUCGAAUACAACUAUCCGACUGAUAAACCUUUCAAAUAUCAUCUUAUUAGCACGCCGGCGAUUCCUUUGAAAUUUAAAUUUGUCGAUUUAAAAUAAAGACACAAACGAUGCUUUUUAAUUACCCUACUUAAAGAUAUGUGCAUUAGAGUGCUUAAAAAAAUGCGAUCUUCCUACCGGAAUCAUCAAAUCUAUUAGAUUUUAAGGCUUCUGCCAAAAUAUUUCGGAAAAAUAUUAAGAUUUAUGUAAGCUGGACUUAUUUCAAAAUACAUUAAAAUUUUAUUGUAAAAGAAAUUAUUUUUUAAAAUUACAUAAUUAUUAAAUAACUCAAUCAGAUGAUAAAAGAAUUAAAGCUUACAAGGUUUGGAUAAAAAUAUGGGAAAAUUUCGACUAUCUAAUUAUUUAAUUCGGCCUCUGUAGCCGAAUGGAGAGAGAAAAGGUGCGAAUCACGGUGAAACACCAAACUGAAGAAAAAGUUUUUCUAAUAGCGGUCACCCCUCGGCAGGAAAUGGCAAACCUCUGAGAGUAUUUCUGCCAUGAAAAGGUCCUCAUAAAAAAUAUGUGCUUAAACUGUAGGUCCCUCCAUUUGUGGAACAAUAUCAAUAAGCACGCCACAAAUUGGAGGAGGAGCUCGGGCAAAUACCCUGAAA